AUGACGAGAAUCUUAACAAAAAACGAAAGUCAGUUUAGAAGUAAAAUAAAAAUAUUAGAAGAAAAUAAAGUUGAAUACCAUCGGUACCAAUUAAAAAGUGAAAAACCAUUUCGAGUAGUAUUACGAGGUAUAAAUCAUGACUCAUAUAUGGGAAUAAUUACCAAUGAACUGUAUGACCAAGGCCACGAAGUAAGCAAAAUAACCAAUAUACAGAUCAAAAAAAAAUUUCUAUCCUAAAAACAAAAACAGCGAGUGGACAUACAUAAGGCUACCAUUAUUCUUUGUAGAUUUAAAACCGCGGGAAAAUAAUAAAAAUAUAUACAACAUAAAAUUACUAUGUCAUCAGAUAAUAAAAAUAGAACCAUUUCUUUCAAGAAGUACCGUAGUGUAAGAACUGCCAAGCUCUCGGGCACACACAAAAUUACUGUCACAGAUCGUCUGUAUGCGUAAAUGUAGUGAAGGACACAGAACUGAAGAUUGUCCAAAAUCUAUAAAGACAAAAACAAAGUGUGCAAACUGUGGUGAAGAUCACACAGCCAAUUGGAAGGGUUGCUCUGCUUACAAGAAAUCAAUAGAAAGAGCACACCCAAAACAAGUCUCUGCUAUGCAAAGAAUAUAGCNCCAAGCUCUCGGAUCGUCACAGAUCGUCUGUAUGCGUAAAAUGUAGUGAAGGACACAGAACUGAAGAUUGUCAAAAAUCUAAAAAGACAAAAGCAAAGUGUGCAAACUGUGGUGAAGAUCACACAGCCAAUUGGAAGGGUUGCUCUGCUUACAAGAAAGCAAUAGAAAGAGCACACCCAAAACAAGUCUCUGCUGUGCUAAGAAUACAGCAGAAACCUGUCACAACAAACGUUUCAUACUCGCAGAUGGCUAGUACUUCAAAAGUCCAUACAAAAACACCUCAACCAAAGGAAAACGAAGAAUCCACUACUCUUAAUGAUAUUCUAGUCGCGNAAUAGAAAGAGCACACCCAAAACAAGUCUCUGCUGUGCAAAGAAUACAGCAGAAACCUGCCACAACAAACGUUUCAUACGCGCAGAUGGCUGGUACUUUAAAAGUCCAUCCAAAAACACCUCAACCAAAGAGAAACGAAGAAUCCACUACUCUUAAUGAUAUUCUAGUCGCGUUAACCAACGUAACGCUGACACUAACAAAAAUCUGCUGUGAUUUUUGUAGAAUGGACAAACUGGAAAUAAACCAGACAAAGUCCAAAAAUACCUCGCACAAAAUAAAGAAAUGAACCACACACUGCGGAUCAUAGCAUGGAACACCAACGGGUUAGUAUAGCACAGACAAGAACAAGAAGACCUUUUAUACAGUGAAAACAUUGACAUAGCCCUUAUUUCGGAAAUUCACUUCACAACGUGGACCUAUCUAAAGAUAAGGAAUUACAGAAUAUAUACGACAAUUCAUCUCAGUGGUAAAGCUCGGGGUGGUACUGCUGUAAUAAUAAAAGAGUCCAUAAAGCACUAUGAACUCGAAAAAUACUCUGUAAAUCAUACACAAGCGACAAGCGUCCGCGUUAAUGACGGGAAUAACGAUCUCACCGUUACUGCAGUUUAUUGCCCACCGCAAGGAGGUGCAGAUGAAAUUAAGUUUGCUGAAUUUUUCCAUACGUUGGGUUCUANCCAUAAAGCACUAUGAACUCGAAAAAUACUCUGUAAAUCAUAUACAAGCGACAAGCGUCCGCGUUAAUGACGGGAAUAACGAUCUCACCAUUACUGCAGUUUAUUGCCCACCGCAAGGAGGUGCAGAUGAAAUUAAGUUCGCUGAAUUUUUCCAUACAAUGGGUUCUAGAUUCAUUGUUGGAGGUGAUUAUAAUGCUAAGCAUACACACUGGGGAUCGAGAUUGAUCACCCCAAAGGGACGAGCCUUGUUAAAAGUUGCAAACAACAUCAACGCUAAAAUCAUCACAACAAGAAAGCCAACGUAUUGGCCCACUGAUCCAAACAAUAUUCCCUACCUGCUACUGAAGAAGUAAUACUUUCCAUAUAGAAGAUUAAUAUAGCUUCAUUAUCUUGAAUGUCUUGAUUGCAGUCUACACAUACUAGUGCUUCUCACGUUAAGUUCUAAUGUUAUACAUAAACAACGAAAGAUGUUGCUAACCAACAAGAAAACAGAUUGGGACAUCUUUAGAGCGAAUCUAGACGAGACCUUAAUGCUCACAGUAAGACUAAGAACACCUAUUGAAAUUGAUAGUGCUGUUGAACAACUGACUAAUAACAUCGUAAAAGCAGCGAAAGUGGCCACACCCAUAAUACNGAACUUACAGAACUAACGUCAGAUCACAUACCAGUGCUUCUCACGUUAAGUUCUAAUGUUAUACAUAAACAACGAAAGAUGUUGCUAACCAACAAGAAAACAGAUUGGGACAUCUUUAGAUCGAAUCUAGACGAGACCUUAACGCUUACAGGAAGACUAAGAACACCUAUUGAAAUUGAUAAUGCUGUUGAACAACUGACUAAUAACAUCGUAAAAGCAGCCGAAAGUGGCCACACCCAUAAUACCAACAGGCGAUAA